AUGGACAAUGAUCUGAAGAAGAUUGAACAUCUCAAGACCUUGGUCAUGAGUGCUGUGCAGCUCAACGACAUCAUGUUAUCUCAUGCAAUCAAGGAUACAGUUGCAGAUGUCAAUGGCACAGUUGAUGUUAUCUUAAUGGACAACAAAGCUGAGAGAGUGGCAAGGUGGCUGACCCCUUUGGAUUACAUCACCAUUCAACUGGCAAAGCUGAAAGAGCAUGUUGGUACACUGGAGAACAGUUUCUUGAGUCCUCAGAGUUUAAGAGUUGGAAGGACAGUUCUAUGGAGUCCCAUACUUUGUGGUGUCCUGGUGGUUUUGCUGGACUAUGAGGAGACAUUUAUCCAGAAGAAGACACUUGUCCUGAAUAUCUUCUGUGAUUACCAAUGUGAAUGUGUGAAUGCACAAACUGUAGAGAACAUUCUCCAUAGCCUCUUGAAACAACGAGUCCAAGCACAUGGCCUCUCUGACUUGAUUGCAUUCCUCUAUGACAAUAACACACCCCUUUUCCUCGAUAAUCUCACCAAAAUCCUUGCACAAGAGCUGAAAUCAUUUACUGUGUCUACAUUAUCCUUGAUGCCUUGGAAGAAUUUCUGGAAAAUGAUAGAGACAGAUACCUGGUUGGAUAUUCAAGCUACCGAUGAGGAUAUCAAGAUGUAUAUCAAGACCAAGCUCUCUUCUGGCCAUCUUGCUCACCACAUCAAGGGACGAGGCGAUCUGCAUGAGGAGAUACUCAGUGGAGUAACAAUGAAGGCUGAUGGCAUGUUUCUUCUGGCAGGCAUGCACAUAGACUCACUUGCUGAGAUCUCAAAUCAAAAAUCACUUCGAGAUACACUCACAAAACUACCAGGCAAUAUAUGGGAGGUAUAUGACAAUAUGCUGGAGAGGGUUAAUAGCCAAAGUGAAGACUGUCAAGAACUUGCGCAUCAUGUAUUUGGGUGGAUAGCCUUUGCCAGGCACCCUUUGACAGUGUUGGAACUGUGGUAUGCAUUGGCCAUGGAACCAGGGAUGACAACUUUAGACCUCAACAAUCUCCAUGAUGAGGACUUUUUGGGAGAUGUCUGUGCUGGGCUUGUCAUCAAGGAUGAAACCCAUAGCGAGUGGGAAGAUUUUCAGCUGAGUGGAGCUACAAUGAAGUUCAUGUAUGUUGAUAAUGCUGACAAUGACAAUGUUCUCUGCACUCUUGCUGAAAAGCAUCCAUUCCUGCACUACUCGUCUGUUCACUGGGGACACCAUGCUAGCGGACCAGUGGAACAUUCAAUAGAAGAUGAAAUCAUUGCAUUUCUCACUGAUGGUGCUGACUCAGCAAACUGCAAAAAGGUCACAAACAUCUUUCAUAAAAGAACCAUAUCCAAUGAGGUGCCUGUUCCAAUCCAGUUUGCUAUGGAUUAUGGCCUCUUACAUAUCAUGGACAUUCUCCUCCUACAUGAAAAGUACCCAUGCAAGGAACUGCUGUUGCUGACAGCUGUACAACAGGAGGAUCUUGAGAUAGUGGAGCUGCUACUGGACCAAGACAAUGUUGAUCCAAAUGCCCAGUCACCCUCAUCAAAACAGACACCCUUGUUGUAUGCUGUAGAAGAGCAGGACCAUACAUGUAUUGUGGAGAUGUUAUUGCAGUCUGGGUGGGUUGAUGUGAAUAGCAAGGGCAGGAAUGAAUGGACACCCCUUAUGAUGGCAGUCAGUCAUGGAAUCAUACCAACUGUCGAAGCCUUACUGAAACACUUGGGAAUUGAUGUUUUGGUGAGAGACAAUGAUGGUAAAGCUGCAUACACUCAUGCUUGUCACUCAGGACCAGACAGUGGUGGGAUGAUUAUGCUUUUUAAGAAAUAUGGAUGCAGCGCCAAGUUAGAUAAUUAUCAGCCUAUCUAUUUGAUGCCUGUCAACUCCCUAUAUUCCCAAUGA